CGGGCAGGAAAGCCAGCGCACGGACUUCAAGAAAGCGCGUCGGCGCGUCGGACUAACUUCAACUUGGACUUCUGGGCGCAAGUUAAGUGUACUGAGAAAGCAUAUCACAAACACUCUUUGUCGACAGGAGAUAGAGGCAGUGAUUGCCAACAUGAAAAGAAGGAGAACAGACGAUCAUGAUGCAACGCCGAAAUCCACCCCAAAGAAAGCACGCUCAUCGCCUCCAUCAGAAUCCGAAGACGAGAUUCAGGAAGCUGUUACACCCAGUCGCCGAAGUCAAGCGAAGCGGUCAUUGGCAAAGGAUAUGCAUAUGAGGAGCAAUGGAAUCGCCAAUGGUACCGAGCCCGUUGCGUCGACACCAAAAUCGGCAAAGAAGGUCCUGUUCGCAACUCCUACAAAAGCGUCAGAGCUCAAGCGGCUAAAUGGAACACCGACAAUAGAACGCAAUGCAGACCGCUCAGCCCGACGAAAGAGCGCACGCCGUCUAAUUGAACGCGAGUUGAACCCGGAAGACAGCGAAAAAGAGAUUUCAGACGAGGAGGACCAACUCGCUGCCGAGAUCUUGGGCGAAGAGGAGGACGAUGAGGAUGCAGAUCCAGAUGGUUCUCCGGCCCCUGAGACACCCUCCAAGACAGGACGUGGGAGGGCACGAAGCCAGAGAAAGAGAAAAGAACGAUCGCCUACACCACCUCUGAACCUCCCUCCACAUGAACAAUACUUCUGGCAGAACAGACCUGGGGCGAACAAGACGUCUAGUAAUACCCUUGUCGGGCAGAAGAUUCUUGAUCACGAGGAAUAUUUCCAUGCUUUGAAAGACUAUCAGGACCAUCAUGAGCCAGAGAAAGAAUUCCUCUUAGAACUACAUGCCCGAGCAUUUGAUCAAUGGAUCUUUGAGCUUGCCGAGGGUUUUAAUGUCUGUCUCUACGGCUAUGGAUCUAAAACCACGCUCGUCGACAACUUUGCAUCACACCUCUACGACCAUCUCGCAGCCACCUCCAAAGCUAAAACAUCUCCCAAAAUACUCAUAGUAAACGGCAGCAACCCAACCCUAUCCCUCCGCGAGAUACUCUCCUCAAUCGCAACGACAUUCCUCCCCAAAUCCGCCAUCCAAAAACUCCCAACUCAGCCCCAAGCUCUUCUCUCCCACAUCCUAACAACUCUCUCAAUCAACCCUCCCUCAAAGCCAAAGCAUAUCCUCCUGAACACUAUCGACUCCCCCUCUCUCCGCCGUGCCCCGGCGCCAGCCCUCCUUGCCGCCCUUGCUGCAUCGCCACACAUAUCCCUCCUCGCGACCGCUGACACGCCAAACUUUCCCAUCCUCUGGGAUACAUCCCUGCGCGCCCAAUACCGCUUCCUCUUCCACGACGCAACCACCUUCGCACCCUACACCUCCGAAAUAAGCGUCGUUGACGAUGUAAACAUCCUCCUCGGCCGUACGGGCCGCAAAGUGCAAGGCAAAGACGGUGUAUCUUGGGUGCUCCGCUCCCUACCGCAAAACGCACGCGCAUUGUUCCUGAUCCUCAUCUCUGAGCAACUCGCAGUCAUGUUCGAGAAUGGGGAUGAUGGGGACGAGGAGAUGGAGGCUGUGGGACAGGCGAUUACGCCGCAGAAGAGAGAGCGGAAGGAGGUGAGGAGGGCAGACGAAGGAGUGGAGUAUCGAGUGCUGUAUCAUAAAGCGGUGGAGGCAUUUAUUUGUAGCAGUGAAGUCGCGUUCCGCACGCUGCUGAAGGAGUUUCACGAUCAUCAGAUGGUGGAGAGCAGGAAGGACGGGGUGGGAACCGAGAGGUUGGUUGUACCGUUUAGGAGGGAGGAGCUGGAAGGUUUGGUAGAAGAGUUGGCUGCUGAGGAGUAAGAGUUGGCUGCUGAGGAGUGAGAGGACUUCUGGUAAGGUGUUGAAUACCCGGAUCUAUGAUUUUUGUUUUUGCUACUGUUGCAUCUGUAGG